CAUAUCUUGUUUUCGUUUUGAUAAUAUUUACCAUCCGCGUACAGCACAUGCAGAUAAAAAUUUGUCUCGUGAAUUUCGUUUUUGGCUCGCGAAAUAUUCACUUAGAGAAAAGCCAUGAAUAUCGAACAGCUUCUAGAAGCUGCUAAAAUCAUCGAAGAAAGGGAUGAAGCGAAGAAGCAGAGUCAGGCGUCUGUCAAACGCGAUAGAAAGCCAACGAAACGUUCACCGAGCUACAGCCGUACGACACAUAACCAGUUGGAGAAAAACCGGCGAGCUCAUCUUAGGGAUUGUUUGGAACUACUUAAAGAAUUGGUUCCUUCACCGCCAGAGCAUCAGAAAGCGACUACUCUAGCGUUGCUUCAGAGCGCCCAACAAUAUAUUCAGGUGUUGAAAGUUUCAGAAAAAGAAGCUCUAGACACAAAGAAAAGACUUAAUCAGGAGAGGUAUGCCCUUCAGAGAAGACUUGCCCUUCUUCAAGGUCGCAGUGACAAGACUAUGAUUGGCAUAAAGAGGCCACGUCACUCAGAAGGCGAGUCCUCAACUAGCAGUGAGGAAAUUGACGUAGAAAACGAUGAAGAAACUGGUUAUGCCAGUAGUGAGUCAGACGAUCGCUUUAGCAUUGGUAGCUCUGCUGGCAGUGAUGGGGGGUUAACAGCAAACUCAAGGAGAGUUAAAUAAUUUUAUAAUUCUGUGCAUGAAUUCAGUGAUUGCAUUGUUUCAUGUCAACUUAUCUGUUAUGUUAACUGGUGCCAGAUCUCCUAAAUCUACUAUUAAGCGGUUUUGCAGUCUUGUUGGGAAAUUUGGUUUGGGGGGGG